AUGACAUCAUUGCCCGAAACUACUCUUGAUGAUGUUCGUAUCGACUUGAAUUUGAAUAAUCCGAAUAAUACACAAACAGUAAGGUACAUAAAUCCAUCAUCACAAUCAAGACUUCAAAAUGGUAAUGGGCAUCAAGCUUCUAAAUCAUCUAGUGGGCGCUGUUCGAAACCUUGCCUAAUUGGGCUUGGUAUUGGUUUGGCAAUUGGUGUGUUACUCGUGAUUGCUAUUGCAGUUCCAGUUGGUCUCACCAGAACUUCUUCAUCGGUGAACACUACAAAUUUGCAGUUAGUUCAAAACUGCAUUGGGCAGGAUAUUACUAGACAACCGGUAAUCAUCGAUACUGACGUUGAUGUUGAUGAUUUAUGGGCUAUUCUUUAUUUAAUUAAUGUUCCAACGGUUGAUGUUGUCGCUAUUACAACUGUUGGAGAUGGGUUUAGUGCACCAUUGUAUUCGUCGAGCAAUGUUCUCAGUCUUCUGGGAUUAGUUGGCUGUACAGAUGGUAUUCCAGUCGCUAGUGGAUUUAGUGUAUCAUCAUUAUCAACUGGCUGGACUGUAGCAAACUCAAUUCUUACAGGAAUCGAUAACUAUCUGACGUCAUCCUCUUGUCUCAAUCAGUCGACCGACAUUUUUCUGCAACCAUCACCAUUUGAUGCAGUUGAGUUGAUUAUCUAUACAUUGAAAUAUUCACAGCGACCAGUGGAUAUUUUGGUUCUGGGUCCAUUCACAAAUAUAGCUGCAGCUAUCACUCGAGAUCGCUCAAUUGUACCAAAAAUAGGAACACUUUAUGUAUCUGGUGGCCAGUUCAAAUCAAUAUCUGAUUAUCCAACACUUACACCAAAUCCAAACUUAGGAACCUAUCCGUAUUUGGUAAAACCAUCUGGCACUAGUUCAAAUGUCUUCUUAGAUUUACUUGCUGUACAACGUGUCGAUGAUAGUGGAAUCAAAAAUUAUGUUGCGAUGCCAUCAAGUAUACAACAUUUACUGCCUGCCAAUCUAAGCCAAGUCGACAUGAAAUUAAAAGCGUUAAACAUUACAUUAUCACCAUUCGUAUACAAAUUAAUAACAUCGUUAGCGAACUGUACCAAUCAAGCUGAAUCGGCUAUUUCUUGGUGGGAUAAUAGUGCAGCGCAGUUGAUGGUCCAGAUGCAGAACAAUAACACAAACGGCUUUUGUACAACAUUACAAAACGUUCAAUCGCUGUAUAUCUUAUCGGCUGAUUCGGAUCAAUUAUUUGGACAAGGCUUAAUUGAUUUUCAAAAGACACGACCAAAUACACAAGGAUUAUCAAAUUACACAAUAUGUACCCAAGCUAAUGAGGAUACAUUUCUCACUGAGUUUUUAACAAAAAUCUCCUCCAACAAUCUUUAUUCAUGUGAGACAACAUAUCGAAACCGAUUCGAUAUCAAGUUGCAGUCAUGUCUUGCCACGUAUGGAUACAACUAA